UCUCGCCCACGCAAACCCCCUGCGAAGAGCCAUAGGUUUGUUUCGGCCGGGGGCAAGCUCCAAAGUCUCGACUGUUCCCCAAUCUUAAAAGCCUCCCCUUUUCUUCCUCCUCUCUCCUCGCUCUCUCUCUCAAUCAUCGAUCAUCUCUUUCAUCUUCGUCGCCAUGGUCCUCGAGGCUACGAUGAUCUGCAUCGACAACUCGGAAUGGAUGAGGAACGGCGAUUACUCGCCCACCCGGUUCCAGGCGCAGGUCGAUGCCGUCAAUCUCAUCUGCGGUGCCAAGACUCAGUCAAAUCCUGAGAAUACUGUGGGAGUGUUGACGAUGGGCGGCAAAGGUGUUCGGGUGUUGGUUACUCCCACGAGUGAUCUUGGAAAGAUUCUUGCCUGCAUGCACGGUUUGGAAAUUGGUGGUGAGAUGAACCUCACCGCUGGGAUUCAGAUUGCUCAGCUAGCUCUAAAACAUCGUCAAAAUAAGAAUCAGCAGCAAAGAAUUAUAGUUUUUGCUGGAGGCCCAGUUAAAUAUGAGAAAAAGACUCUUGAAGCAAUUGGGAGGAAGUUAAAGAAGAACAGUGUCUCCCUGGAUGUUGUGGAUUUUGGAGAGGAUGAGGAUGGGAAAUCUGAAAAACUGGAAGCUCUUGUUGCUGCUGUGAACAACAACGGUAGCAGUCACAUUGUUCAUGUCCCCCCUGGCCCGAAUGCACUUUCAGAUGUACUUAUAAGCACGCCUAUCUUUACGGGUGAUGGGGAUGGAGGAAGUGGUUUUGCUGCUGCUGCUGCUGCGGCUGCUGCUGGUGGCAUGUCUGGAUAUGAUUUUGGUGUGGAUCCUAAUAUAGAUCCCGAGCUUGCUCUUGCUCUCAGAGUUUCAAUGGAAGAGGAGAGGGCAAGACAAGAAGCAGCCGCUAAAAAGGCUGCAGAGGAUGCUUCUAAGCAAGAAAAAGGAGAGGAGCAGGCUUCAAGUUCUCAUGACACAACUAUGGCUGAAGCUGUUAGCAAUUCAGCUGUUGCAGCUGACGAGAAAAGACAUGAUCUAACGGAUGAUGAAAGUGCUUUGCUAGAGCAGGCCCUUGCCAUGUCUAUGGAUGAGGCUAGGUCUGGUGGUGGGACUGCUGCAGACGCUGACAUGUCAGAUGCUACUACGGAUGACAAAGAGUUGGCUUUUGCUCUUCAAAUGUCUGUCCAGGAAAAUGAGAAGGAUUCAUCAACUCAGUCUGAUGUGAGCAAGGUGCUGGAGGACCAAUCCUUCGUUUCUUCCGUCCUUAAUUCGCUUCCUGGCGUUGAUCCAAAUGAUCCUUCAGUAAAAGACCUGUUGGCGUCAUUGCAAGGCCAAUCAUCUGAGCAAAAGAAAAGUGAAGAUAACCAAGAAAACAAGGGUGACAAAUAAUUGAUAUCCUGGAGCUGCUCGUGCCUGCUUGCUGUUUAUGGUGAAAUCUGAUGCUCAAACGUGAUUCCAUAGAUGUAAUACUUCUAUUUUUGAGCUUACCUCUGUUGGAGAUGUAAGGAAGUUUCUGUUCCUAUUUUCAUCAGAAAUUACUGCCAGCUCUAUUUUGUGUGCUGAUACGGUCCGUCUAUAUAACAACAUUGUUUCAUGAUUCUGCAUUGUGUGACAUGGAAAGUCCUGUAGUCCAUAUGUACACCACAAGCCUGUUACUUUUGAUCAUCUUACGCAACGAUAUUGAGCAUGGAGCCAGACUUGUGUUGAAAUUUGAAA